UGCCACUAAAUAUCUACCUUAACGAACAAUGUCGAUCCAUAACACACAGCAGUGACGUGGAGUUUAUCCUACAUACCAAUUUUGGUCGUCAAUACGGCCGCCUGAUUGCCGAGUUACCAAUGCCCACUAGUGCCAUGGGACAGUCAUUCAAAUUGUGUGACUUUGAACUAGCUUUUACAGGACGCAACAUUGUCGGAAGAUUCAACACAACCACUAUAAAAGGUCGCGAGGAAAUGAUCGAAAAGGCAUUUGUAGACAUGACGCCUUUGACAAAUAUAUAUUUUGCAAGUUUUGACCGUUUAACUGUUAACUACGUCACGAUGAAAAUGCUUGUGACGUACAUCGACCAAAACAUACAAAUCAACGAAUCAGCGCUACCGUUUAUAGCUAGAGUAAUCAGUAACAACAAAACUAUCUGGACAGGAGAAUUGCCAGUGCCAAAGCCAUCGAUUGUAAGUAUUUACUUUGUCAACUGGAUCGUUUUACCUGUCCGUCGAUUAAAGUAGCAACAUACGUUCCUGUUAGCAGUUCGUGGUGAUGGUUUUAAUGUUUCCAUUUACUCACAAAUUAAGUUAAAAAGUACGUGUGAUAUAUCUAUUAUUUUCUGUUAUAUCGGGCGUUAUCAUGUUCAUUGCUGUAUAUUUUGUAUUUUGUGUUAUGUCGUGCAUUCAAACACGAUUCGUUUGCAACGCGUGAUUUGAUUGGAUACGGACCAUGUUCUAAUCUGUGAUAGAACCGUUAUUAAUCGUGUCAACAUACAGAUCGUAAUCUCGUCAGUAUGGGCGUGGCCAA